UUCAAGGGCGACGAGAAGAUUGUCGAAAGCGACAAGGUCCAGAUCGUGAAGGAUGGCCGCAAGCACAAGCUGGUGCUGAAGGAUGUCGCCAAAACGGACAGCGGCGUGUAUCGGUGCGUCAGCAAUGCGGACAAGACGGAGGCUGAAAUCUUUGUCAAGCGACCGAACAAGUUCAUGAAGAAGCUGAGCGACACGGUUGGAAACGAAACCGAGAAGCUGGUGCUGGAUAUUCAGGUCCAAGACGAGGAGGCUGAUGUGGCGUUCUUCCUGGGCGAGACCGAGCUGAAGAAGGAUGGUCGCAUCGACAUCAUCAACAAUGGUGACGGUACGCACCAGCUGGUCUUCAACAAGCUCGAGCUGACCGACGCCGGCGAAAUCCGGUGCGAGUGUGGCCCGCUCACCAGCAAGUGUACGCUGAAGAUCAACAAGAAGGAAACGAAGCCCAAGUUCGAGGUGCCGCCGAAGAUCGAAACCCCUGCCAAGGUGGAGAAGGUAGUGGAGGUACCAUUCACAACCGGUGAGUCGCGCCAGUCGAAGGUGGUGGCAAAGUUGUACAAAGAUGGUAAACCGGUACCACCGGAAGACGUUGAUAUAGUUGUAGAGAACGAUAAGCUUGUGCUGAAGUUCAAGAAGACCGAAUUCAAGGAUUCGGGCGAGUACAAGAUUGAACUGGCAAAUGCCACCGGUACGGAAGAGCAUACCACUAAUGUUGUGUUCCAGGACAUACCGCAGCCACCGCAGGAUCUGGGCUGCACCGGCAUCUACCAGACGCGGUGUGUCGUCAAGUGGAAGGCGCCGGAGAACGACGGCGGUGCACCGUUGGAGAAGUACGUGGUCGAGCGGCAGGACGUGUUCAAGCGGUCCGGCUGGGACGUGAUUGGGGAGUCGCCGGGCGAUCAGUGCAAGUUUAACUGCAACGAUCUCGUGUCCGGCCGGCACUACAAGUUCCGCGUGAAAGCCAUCAACAAGAUGGGCGAGUCGGAGUACUGCGCGAUGGAGAACGACAUCAUUGCCAAGGAUCCGUGGACGGAGCCGGACCCGCCGCGCGAUCUCAACAUUGCCGACUGGGACAAGGACUUUGUCGAUCUGCGGUGGAAGGUGCCCAAGUCGGACGGUGGUGCACCGAUCACGAGCUACAUGGUGGAGUACAAACCGUACACGGCGGCGAACUGGAAGCACUACGCCGACGUCGGUGCGGCCGAGCUGAACCUCACCAUCCGCGGGCUGACGGUGGGCGAAACGUUUGAGUUCCGCGUGAAAGCGGUCAAUCAGGGCGGUGCGAGCAAGCCGAGCAACAGCACGGAGCCGCUAAAGAUCCGCGACCGGUACGUGAAACCGUUCAUUGAGGGUGAGGGUCUGCAGCCGAUCACGCUCAAGAAGGGCCAAACGAUACGCUACUACGCACAGUAUGGUGGCGAGCCCGAGCCGGAGGUUGUUUGGGAGAAGGAUGACAUACUGGUGAUAUGUGAUUCCGAGAAGCGAAAAACGAUCGACGUUGAAAGCGGCGCUACCACGAUACAGGUACGGCACGCGGUCCGCUCCGAUUCGGGCGACUACAAGCUGCGGCUGAAGAACAGCAGCGGCGAGUUUGUGACGGUCGGAAAGGUGUUGGUGCUGGACGUGCCGACGCAACCGAUCGGUCCGAUCAAAAUCGAGAAGGCACGCGCAAACCAUGUGGUGAUCAGUUGGCAACCGCCCGAAGAUACCGGCGGCUGUCCACUGACCGGCUAUCUGCUGGAAAAGAUGGACGUCGAGAACGGUACCUGGCUGCAGGCGGGUGAGUGCAGCGGCGAUCAGCUGACGUUCGACUUCCAGCAUCUGCAGAAGGGUCGCAAGUUUGAGUUCCGCGUGAAGGCGUACAACAAGGAGGGUGAAUCGACGCCCCUGGAAACGCUGCUGGCCGUCAAGACGGUCAACCCGUACGAUCCUCCCGAGGCGCCGGGUAAGCCGGCUGUCGACGACUACGGCGUAGACUUUGUGGAGCUGAAGUGGGAGAAGCCCGAGAAGGAUGGUGGUCGUCCGAUCACGCACUACGUCAUCGAGUGCAAGAACAAGUUCCUCACCGACUGGACCGAGUGCGCGAAGACGGAGAACGACGACUGCGUGGGUAAGGUGCACGGUCUGAAGGAAAAGGUCGUGUACCAGUUCCGCGUCCGUGCCGUCAACAAGGGUGGCGCCUCGAAGGCUUCCGAGCCGAGCGAUAACCACACCGUCAAGCACAAGAACCUGAAGCCACGUAUUGAUCGUACCAAUCUGAAGAACAUUACCAUCAAGGCCGGCAAGUCGAUGAUCUGGUCGGUCGACGUCAAGGGUGAACCGGAACCGGAGAUCAUCUGGAGCUGGCGCGACGAUAUUCCGCUGACCGAGACGCAAAACAUCAAGAUUGAGAACGGCAACUACCACACGAACUUCUCGAUCAAGGAGGCGAAGCGCGUGGACACGGGCAAGUACAAGAUCGUGGCCCAGAACGUGAACGGCAAGGACGAGGAGACGGUCGAGC